CUCGUGUUGAGAGACACAACACCAGUCAGACCAGUCCUCUCCGGACAGACCAGUCCUCUCCAGACAUGGCAGACGAGCGGACCGGGACGACGCUGGAGGCGAAGGACGGAGUUCCGCGAACCGAGUCGCUUCAGGAUCAUUCUAACAUCCCGAAGAGGCACGCACGGGUCACCGUGAAGUACAACAGGAAGGAGCUGCAGCGGCGGCUGGACGUGGAGAAGUGGAUCGAGAACAGCCUGGACCGGCUGUACUCGGGCCAGGAGGGUGACAUGCCAGAGGAGGUGAACAUUGAUGACUUGAUUGACCUGCCAACCGCCGAGGAGCGAGUGAAAAAGUUGCAGGAGCGUCUUCAAAUGUGCAGAAACAACACAGAGACCUUCAUCCAAGAGCUGGUGGGGAAGCUGGAGGGCGUUCCCAAGCAGGACGAGCUGCAGAGCGAAGGCAUCGAGCAUCCAGUCGUCUGCCACAGCCACUACCGCCACGAGCCCUACCACUUCAACAACCCACCCCAACACCUCCACCACACUGGAGGCCGAAACCAGACCUUCUGACCAUACACGCACACACACACACACACACACACACACACACGUUUGAUGCCUCACUUUUUAGAUAACACUGCCAUCUUAGAUGCAUAUAUGACUAACUUGAAGUCUGUUUAAUGAUCAAAGUUAUUUAUUGGCAUGUUACAGGAAAGAGACAUGGAUCCUGUUACACUGGCAGGACACUAGUUUUUAAUAAUCUCCACUGUCAUUAAUCUGUUUCGAGUCAAAGUUAUUACACCUAAAUUCGCAAACACCUAAAUAUUAUUCUGCAAAGAGGAAUUUCUAAUUAAACCAUUCAUUUCUCUA